UUUCCACAGUUCCACUCGAGUUCGUCUGGACUUACGUAGUUAUUGUAUUUUGGGCUGCUGUCAAAAAUUGUCCUAAUUGAAUCCCGAUUUUUAAUUCCUGCUUUCCCGAAAUGGGUAUUGAGCAAAGUGCGCCUACUCAGUCGUCAGGGGUGAAGAGCUCGACAACCAAUCCUCAUAAUAAAACACGGCAAGAUACGGCUCAAACUUCUGAUGAGAAUGAUCGUUCUUCUCCACAUCCAAGUCUGUGUUCUUCGGAUGUUGAUGUUCCUUACGUUUCAUAUACGGUCAACAGGCCGAUUGGAGAAUCUCCCAAACAUCAAGGAAAACCAAGUACGAGAAGUGCCAAAAAUUAUGGAGUCUCGUAUGCUCCUUCACAUCCAUUAAAAGGAAGAAACAUAGUGGUUGUCUCCCAAAAAUCAAUGCUUGAUGAUGGAGAAGAAGACUCUGAGAUUCUCAACUUAGGAAGAAUACCUUUGUUUUUGCCAAUCAUUCGGAGUUCAUUGUCUACAACUCAUCCAAGGGAACCAGACAUUGUUGAUCGCCUUGACAGUGGAGCUUUGCAAAAUAUUGUGGGACUUCUUGAAGGACUUAUGAAACAAAAUGCAGAUCUAGUGGCUUCUGAUCAGAAUCAGCUUACUCAGAGCUCAAAAGAUAUUGAAGCCCAACUUGCAGCAAUAAUGAUGGCGCUAACGGAAAGGCAAAAACUGUAUGCCAAAUACGCUGAAAAACUGGCCCGAAUCCACGAGGUCUCACAUUCUUUAACACGUUGCCACUUGGCACUCGCAACAGCUAUGGAUAGCAUUGAAACCUUGAAUCGCCAGUUGCCGAUACCGGAACGCCUGGAAGAAUUCAUCUGGUCUACUGGUUAAAAACCUGUGCUGAUUACUGAUAUUAUAGAGCUUUUGUUUUUCCGUGUGUUUCAUUCUCGUCAUUUGAUUAUUCUGUUGAUGUACACCGCAUCUUUAAAACCACCGUUGUUUUAUAUUGAUGUAUUAUCCGUCUUUUCGAUAACUUGCAUAGAUGGACGAUCACGUUACCAAGAAAUUUCACUGUAAGAGCGAUAUUUAGUAUUGAUGAGCGCUAAUGAUGAAACCAUAUAUCAGUUGUGAUGGAGCAAGAAGGAAAAUAACGAUAAACCGUAGUUACGGCUCCAUGACGUUUUCUUCUCGAGGUAGAUAUCUCUGAACAUUUCUUAAGUUAUUUGUUUAUCACCAUGUAUCCGGACGGUACCAUAUAUCAUAACAAAUUAGCCUGUAGGACGUUCAAAAACAAAAUUCUAAUAUCGUUUUAGCUCAGAAAGAUUGGUACCGAAUGGAUAUACUUUUUUCCUGUAAAAAACCAUGUCUAAAUUUUGAGUGAAUUUUGCGAUCCUCGCUUUUGAAUUGCGAAGUUACGUGAAAUAUUACACGCAACAGUGCUGCUUAAAAAGACGAAUUCACAAAAAUUUUACUUUGUUCAAAUAAUUUUCUUGGAUCGAAAUAAAGGAAAUCAGAAAUUGUG